AUGUACAUUUCUUUUAUAUUAUUUCCUCUAUUUUUAGUUUAUUUAGGUGUUUUGGAAAGUUUCAUAAUUAAAAGAAAGGUUUUUCAUAAUUAUAAUAACAUUUUAUUACUCGCCUCACCAAAAGCGAAAAAAAAUACUAUUGAAGAACCAAAAAGGAAAAACAAGAAUCUUAAAAAAAAAAAAAAAAAAAAUAAAAUUUUGGAAGAUUUAUUGAAAGAAAAAGUAGAGAAAACUGAAGUGAAUUUAAGUGAUUCUAGAAAUCAAGAUAUUGAUAAAGAAAUACUAGAAGGAAAAAGAAUUCCAAGACUAAGAAUAAAAAAAACAAAUAAUCAUAUUUAUGCAUCUGUUAUAGAUGACUAUAAAAGGCAUAUUUUGUGCUUUUCUUGUUCACUUGAUCCAUCUUUAUCCCAAAUUUUAGGAACCUAUAGAAAAAAAACAACAAAUCGAAUUAUAAAUAAUGGAAAAACAAUAAAAGCCGCAUGGGAAAUAGGGAAAAUCGUUGCAAAAAAAGCUUUAAACAAAGGAAUUUUUAAAGUUAAAUUUGAUAGAGCUAAUUAUAGGUAUGCAGGAAGAGUUGAAGCAUUAGCUGAGGGAGCAAGAGCUGUGGGAUUGUUGUUAUAA